AUGGCCCGCCACUUGAUCUUGAAGAAGUUGAAGUCUAAGUCCGUGACAAUAAGCCCUAGCAAAAUACUAAGUUUUGAGUUUCAUGAAGGUGAAGACAUAAAAGUUGGUUCAGUUGUGAGUUGGAAAUAUAACGAUGAUGGAAAGGAUAAGAUUGCAAAGAAAAUGAUUGAAGCCAUUGAUCCUGAAACUAAAACAAUCACUUGGAAAGUGAUUGGUGGAGAUCUGUUAGAAUCAUACGAUUCUUUCACUAUUAUCACAUCAUGUGAUCACCAAUGGACUACAUGGACAUUUCUGUACGAGAAGAAAACUGAAGAAAUCCCAGAACCUCUUGUUCUAUUGGAUUUUGUGCUUGAUCUGACAAAAGAUAUAGAGGGUCACCUACUCAAGUAACAAUACAUCAGUUAAACUCAAUGGAGCCACAGUUAUACGUAUCAAAACAUGUGUGUGUUUACACACAUACAUAUGUAUGUGUGUUUGUGUUAUAUUGGCUAGAUAGUUCAAACUAGCUAGCUACUGUGUAAAAUAAAUAAUAUUGUGUUUGAGGAUAAUAUAUUACAUAUGUACUCCCACUCCUUCUAGGGAUGUAUUUCCAAUGUUCGAUAUAUGUAAGAUAUCAUGAAUAAUUGCUAGUUUGAAAUUUACCUAUAACAAAAACAG